AUGGCUUCUCCAGAUCAAGAUGUGUACAUGACACUCCUCACGAGUGAUCGAUACCUCCCAGGCGCAUUGGUGGUUGCCCACAGUUUACGAGAUGCUGGCACGACCAAGAAGCUCGCCAUUUUGGUGACGACAGACACGGUAUCGGCGGAUGCGAUGGCACAAUUACAGACACAGUUCGACUUUAUUAUUCCCGUCGAACGAUUUUCCAGCGACAAUCACACGAAUCUAGCCCUCAUGAAUCGCCCAGACCUACAUUCGACCUUCACCAAGAUCAACCUGUGGAGACAAGUCCAAUUUCGAAAGAUAGUCUACGUCGAUGCGGAUAUGGUUGCACUGCGUGCGCCAGAUGAGCUAUUUGGUCUACCAGAUCCGUUCUCGGCGGCACCAGACAUAGGAUGGCCUGAUAUCUUCAACACUGGUCUCAUGGUCUUGACCCCGAAUAUGGGCGAUUAUUAUGCGUUAAAGGCGAUGGCAGACAGAGGGAUUUCGUUCGAUGGGGCAGAUCAAGGUCUGCUGAACAUGCACUUCAAAAACACUUUCAAUCGCCUAAGUUUCACCUACAAUGUCACCCCUUCAGCUCACUACCAGUAUCUUCCAGCAUUUCGACACUUCCAAUCGAGCAUAAGCAUGGCCCAUUUUAUUGGCCAGGAGAAACCUUGGAUGGAAGGUAGAGACGCCCACAUGGGUUCCACUCCUUAUGACCAAAUGGUCGGAACAUGGUGGGCUGUCUAUGAUCGCCAUUACAAAGAAUCAGUGGGUGAACCUCAAGGCGACCCCGGACAUCAAACUGAAGAUCGACAACAGUCUGUCGAUAGUUCUUCCCAAGGAGCUUCGACCAUCGUACAUUACCAUACAAAAGGCGAAUUUCAGCCUAUAGCUCCCAUAGUAUCACAGGCAUACCAACCUGAACAGACGGAUAGUGAGAUAUUCCAACCAACUGCUGCUGCUGAACAAUCUUUGCAUGAAACGACAGACAUUCCAAGAGAUGUCGAAGUAGCUUAUGUUCCACCAGUACAAACGAAUUUGGAAACCCAUCACGAUCCACCGUCUUAUUACGAGCCGCCGAAGGAGCCAGAAGUUCAAUAUUCCGCAUGGGAUGCAAGCAGGGCGCCGCCACCCUCCGAUUCCAAGCCUGAAGCAUCGAACUUCCCAGCGACUCACUACGACAUGUCCUCCGACCUUACCCCCUUCCAAGCCCCAGAACGUUACCCAGAUCCACCCAAAGAUAUGUGGUAUGAAGUGCCCAAGACGCCAACCUACCAGAAACCGGCCCCGAUUUUCCCGUGGGAGAAAGAUGCUGCAAAGCCAACUAGAGUCUUUCCAGAGGACAAUGUUGCCACAGAAACCUUUAGCAGCAGUGACCCUACUCCUAAUUCAGUUCCCUCCGCUGAGGACGCCAGAGGCAGCACACCGGUCACUCCCACAACUCCAACCAUUCAGCUCACGACAGCUGAUCCAUGGCAGACUUACACACGUUCGAAUGCUUGGGACGAAAUCCCUGAAAUAGAACGGUACAUUGGAAACUUGCAGAAAAGUCGCAAGGGUAACAUCCAAUUACUGCAGGGAUACGGCUCAGGUAUUGCGCAGGUGUCCAGUCCAGGUGGGCGAAGACACAGUAUGAAGCUCACAGAUUUCCCUACAGAACUUGAGCGGCCUAGUCUGCCUGUGACUCCUGCACCUAUCCGGAGGCCCAGUUUCUGGGGAGAAGAGCGAGAUGAGGAGGGUGAACUACCAGCUGCGGAAGGAGUUCCUUCGCAGGAGGACUGGGAUCCAGCGGCGGAGUUAGAAAAGCUGGCUCGGCGUCAAUCAGUGGUUUUAGCCAAUAAGUUGGGUAUGGACGGUGCUCCUGCACGUGAGAUACCUCUGAGACCACUACCAUAUGGUUCGGAGGGAGUGACUUCUCCAACGUACGUUGCACAAGUCCCGCCGAGCAGCGGAGCAAAAGAUUCAGCAUCUGGGUCAGCACCUGGGUCUGACUCUACUCCACGAACGACGAUCGAGGAGCCUUCUUAUCAUGGUCCAGGGGCGAUGUGGGAAAAGGAUGAGACCUUUCCAGUCAAGGAAACGCCAGCAGGGGCAACUGAGGAGGAAAAGGAUGUGUUGGAGACGUGA